AUGCCUCGUCCAAAGCGUACGAUAGUAAAGCCUGUGUUGACAGCCCCGCUUGCAAGAAAAUCAGCCACUAAAAAACUAGCAAAUCCACCUUCUGGGGCCUCCGACACUUCGUUCAAUGAGCUAUAUGAUGUGAGUGACGAUGAGAAAAUCAAGCUUUCUCGUGCGCCAAAAACUAGACGGAACAAGGGCAAAGAAAAGAUAAAACAUACAACUUCACUGCAACGAACACCUGAGCUUGAUGGAUGUUUGGUAAAUGGAGCGGAGCAUCCAUUUGUGCACAAAAACAAUGUUCAAACUAUAUCUGAUGUAUUGCUGAGCAGCCCUAUUAUCGAACUCGGGAGAAAAGAGCUAGCGAAUCACAUUGGGAGUAAUCUUACAUACAAUAAGGAUAUAGUCCUCUUGCGGUCUAAUUCCAGUAAACUGGACGCAAAAAGAAAUAAUUGUGAAGUUCCAAAAAAUAACACAAUUAAAAGUAGAUCUCCAGAUACUAGUCUCAAUACGACGAACUUGAAUUAUGGAAAGACACCGGGAAAACCGACAUUCUCGUCAGGCUUCCAACAAUCUCAGCCCGCGAUAUUUUACUGCAGUGAUGACAACGAGAAUGAUUUUAGCAUCGAAGAUGUCUCGACGCCCAUGAAUAUCGAUGAGAUGGGUAAAAUGGCAAGAAAAAUAACCACACCUGCGUCAAAAUCUAGGAAAAGAAAGGUCUCAGAACUACAAAUUCCUUGUUCCAGCCCAGUUGUAUCACUAUCAGCCUCCCCUAUAUUAGAUGAAAUGAUUCCUGCUACCAACCCACUCAAAUUUACCCAAGAUGAUAACCAAAGCUCCAAUGUUUCAGCCAAACAUUCAGUUAAUAUAAUUUCUGAUGAGAAAUUAGAUUCUUGGGAUGAGAUAAUGGCUCCUCCACGCAGUAGUAGCUCUAUCCCAUCAAGUCCACUAGCUCAGUCCAAUCCGCAAAUUCAUUCUAGGUCAAAGAAAAUACAUGUAAAAAAUCUCCGAUCAUCUAGAGCUAAAACCCCACAUACUAGCACUGAAAAUAUCUCGAACUUGUCCUCACCUCCGUCUUUAACAUACUCACCGGAUCAACAGAUUUCAGAUACUACCAGAGAGAAUAAAGUAAACCCCAUCCCAGUCGCAAGUAACUUUUCAACGGCCCAGCUUCAGUCACUGCUACCUCGUAGAAGAUUGCGCAAACCUCGCGAACCACCUAAUAAUGCAUAUUUCGCCACUGAAGCUGACAUAGCUAGGCCUGAAUCAGACGAUGAUGAGUUGGCACAUAGCGCCGAAAUUCUACGGGCUCCGGGUAGAAAACAUGCGAACACAUCCAUCAAAAAGGGUCGCCCUCUCCGAACUUAUGGUGAGACAAAGCGAAAAAUAUCUAAUCCCGAAAAAAGUGGGGAUGACCUGGGAAUACAGAAGAAACUUGGGGUAGAAUUGAAGAAGGCUGCUCGGAAAUUUUUGGAAGUGGAUCAGUGGGACCUAGAAUUUGAAGAUUGUAGUGGUCAUAGUUCAUCUCCGCUAGACGCGAGAUGA